AUGGCGGUACCGCAAGAUGCAGAAGAGCCCGUUUGCCCUGAGCGUUUUCGUAGUUCUCUAAAGGAGGGUUCAUUUACCGUGCCGGACAUUUCAACGAAAGUAUAUAAGGAGGAGUGCACUUACUGUUUUCGUACGCCUUUCUUUGCAGGAGGAUUGUUUAUUUGCCUAAAGACGUAUGCCUGCUUUUGUUUCACUCAUGUGGGCUUGUAUGCUGAGCAGUCAGGGAAUUCGCUUUUCCUUCACAUCUCCAGCAAAAAGGUGACUCUUGAAUCUGAGGAAGAGUCAGAUGGAGAGCCGAAGGACAAAAUCACACGCCUUGCAAUUGGAACAGACAGCGGAUUUGAGCCAAAGAAAUUCGAUGUGGUGGACAGCUACGCGCUGGUUUUAUAUCCUCAUAUAAACGCUAAAUGUCCAGUGGACGAGAAGCUUGGCGCUGAUCUUUACGGGUUAGUGUCGAAAUCCUAUAUCGGCCCAGGUUUUUAA